GUUGUUAUGUCUUCCUCCUGCCUAUAAUAAUGACACUUUUUUUCACUCCAACAACUGAACAGUGACACCUAAUUCCCACAACGCCUGGGGCAUCUUAGCACCGAUCCCUCUUUGUCACAUCUCUCUAUAUAUAAGUAGCAUAAAGCAGUUUCAAACUUUCAAGGGCUUCGGGAAGUUUCGUUUUGUCUCCCGAGUGGUCGCUUCAGAGGAGGAUUCAACAGUGAGGUUUCGCGCGUUUUCGUUCGAGAUCUCUUUACUUUGAGAUUCGUUCUUCGAUCGCUUAGAUGAUCAACACAUAAAACAAGAUUCAUUCGAAAUCUCUCCAAGUUUGGUGAUUUGGAGGGAGGGUAGGUUAAGCUGUGGCAUGUUGGGAAAUCUACGUGGUACAUCCUCGAUGUACAAGCGAAUGUCAUCGAGAGAUUCUCCAACUUCAGUUGACGUAGAGGAAAAUUCAGCUUUUUUACAGAACGGUAUGGGAGAAGAGAAUACAAAUCCUUCAUGGAAACUUUCUUUUCCACAUGUACUUGUGGCUACCACAGUUUCAUUUUUAUUCGGUUACCAUCUUGGUGUAGUUAAUGAGCCACUGGAAAGUAUUUCUAUCGACCUUGGUUUCAAUGGGAAUACCUUGGCCGAAGGUCUAGUGGUUAGCACGUGUUUGGGUGGUGCUCUUGUUGGAUCUCUGUUCAGUGGUUUGGUUGCCGAUGGGGUUGGGCGUCGCAGGACUUUUCAGUUGUGUGCUUUGCCUAUGAUUAUAGGUGCUUCUAUCAGUGCAACAACCAACAAUUUGGCUGGCAUGCUUCUAGGGAGGUUUCUAGUUGGGACUGGAUUGGGUCUAGGCCCACCUGUUGCAUCUCUCUAUGUUGCAGAGGUUUCUCCUGCCUUUGUGAGGGGUACUUAUGGAAGCUUCAUUCAAAUUGCAACAUGUCUUGGACUAAUGGGGGCUUUACUAAUUGGAAUCCCUGUCAAGGGUAUUGCUGGCUGGUGGCGUAUCUGUUUCUGGGUAUCGACAGUUCCAGCUGCAAUACUUGCUCUUGCCAUGGCGUUCUGUGCAGAGAGUCCACAUUGGCUAUACAAGCAAGGAAGAACUUCAGAAGCUGAAGCUGAAUUUGAGAAGCUUCUGGGAGGAUCUCAUGUUGAAUCUGCAAUGGCAGAAUUGUCUAAGACAGACAGAGGGGAUGACACUGAUACUGUAAAGUUUUCAGAAUUGCUUUACGGUCGGCAUUUCAGAGUUGUUUAUAUUGGGUCAACCCUAUUUGCUUUACAACAGCUAUCUGGAAUAAAUGCCGUGUUUUAUUUCUCUUCAACUGUAUUUAGAAGUGCGGGAGUAUCAUCCAAUCUUGCAAACGUCUUUGUUGGAAUUGCAAAUUUAUUAGGAUCUAUUGUUGCAUUAAUUCUGAUGGAUAAACUAGGAAGGAAGGUCCUUCUGCUGUGGAGCUUCUUUGGCAUGGCAGUAUCUAUGGCCAUUCAAAUCACUGCAGCAAGUAUUUCUGGAGCUUUGUACCUAUCUGUUGGUGGCAUGUUGCUGUUUGUCUUCACUUUUGCGGUAGGAGCUGGUCCGGUUCCUGGUCUCCUCCUACCAGAAAUUUUCCCCAGCCGAAUUAGGGCAAAAGCAAUGGCAUUUUGUAUGUCAGUCCACUGGGUGUUCAAUUUCUUAGUGGGUUUGCUGUUCUUGCGAUUGCUCGAGCAACUUGGACCACAACUCCUUUAUUCUAUGUUCAUGACCUUCUGCUUUAUGGCAGUGGCUUUUGUGAGGAGGAAUGUCAUGGAAACUAAAGGAAAAUCACUCCAAGAAAUUGAGAUAGCUCUUCUUCCACAGUAACAUUAGGUUUUUCCUUUUUAGGAUUUUCACUGGCAGAAUCUGUUCUGGCCAAGUGUGGUCACAGGUUUAAGAUAUGUGUGUAUGUUUUGUAUUUUUGGUGCAGCAGCCAUAGAGGUAAAACCUAUUUAUAGGGUCAGUUUUGUUGAAGAACGAAGUACUUAAGCCAUUUCGGCUGGCAUGACAUAUUCGUUCGUUUGCAAGGAGACUGCUAAUUUAGGGAAAGCGCAGUGAGCUUUAUUUAAGUUUUUAGUGGAGAGAGAGAGAGAGAGAGAGAGAGAGAGAGCAUGGUUUCCCGUGGACAACAGAUUUUAAAGCCAAUGUAUAUUGGAGGGCAUUUCAUAUGUAGAAAGCCAAUGAAUAGUAAGAGAUUUCAGUAUCUUAGUAUGGUGAAGGUAUAGUUGUUACCUACCAUACGAGCUGUUGUUGUAUUGGGAUUUGUAUGAAGUUAAAUUUGGCCCAUUUGCAAUUGCCAACGUGGCAUUACAUGUAUUUCUUGAAUGCAGCAUGCAUAUAAUACAGUAUACCAUUGCAUGUUA